AUGAUGUGCGUAUCAGACACGUCUAGACAUAAGAAGGCUCCGGAUGCCCAGUUUCUAUGGGCAUUGUGGGAAGCAGAUGGGCGGAAACGUAGUUUUAAGAUCAGUAAGGCAUCUGCGCCGGCGCCUGUGACAAAACAUUGGCUUGUUUGGCGCCUGGCGAUAGGGGCGCUCACGCUCAUUACCGCUUCGCCGGCCGGUCCUGUGCACACGCAUAACGCGUUGCUCACUAGUAGCGGACUUCACCGACGCACUACUGCCUACGAUUUGUUGCUCUUGUCUCUCAUUACAACAUGGAGAGCAUUUUAA